UGGACUGUAUCACCAUGGAUGUUUCACAGGAGCAAGUUUCUAUGACCAUGCACCCUAAUCUCCUUCAGCACCUUAAUAAGAUUAAAGCAACCAACAUGCCAGUACUGUAUCAACAGACAUUUCGUCUCGACAUUGAGAAAACUUCGACGGCUCUUUACGUUGUUGGCACAGUGUUGAAAGCGAACCUAAACAGGUGAGUGUGUGUAUCUAUGCUAGCUAGGCUACUGCACCAAUAGAUGUAUUCAGGUGGUAGUAGGCUGUUGUUGGCUACAGUGUAGCCUAUAACACGGUAGAGUGACAAUACUAUAUUUGACAUAGAAAAAAAAAUGUUGUAUGGCAAUACAUUGUUUCACCAGUUAUGUACUGCUAUAUAAACUAUUUGGGGAUUAUCUCUCAGUAGCCUACCCAGCUAGCACAUUUGGUUCCUUGGAAGUUGUGGGAACAUACGUUUUUGGUUUCCCAUUGGUUCUGGGAACCAAGCCAUAAUAUUCCUGACGGUUAAAACGGAACGUUUUUUAAGCGUUCAGAGAAUGGAAGUGAAAAUGUUGCCUGUUCUAUGAACAUACAUUUUUAAUUUGUAGGGAAGUUCUGAGAACGUUUUUCUAUGGUUCCCUAAACGUUUUCCUAUGAGAUUUUAUUAACAUUCCGAGAACAGAAAUUAUAGGUUAUUUGAAGGUAAUUAAAUAAAGUUAUGAGAAAAUUUUUCAAUAAGGCUGCUCGCUUCAUUUGGGUUAACUGUUUUGAACUACAAGCACAGAUAGAAAUUCAUAGCUCCAGGAUGGAGCUAGCAUGCCAUGUUUGUUUUUACUCAAACAAAGCUGUUCAUUUUAGCCUAUUCAAACAGACCCUAUUUCAAAGAAAACAAGCACUCAUUAAGAUCAGGUGUGGCCAAUUAGUAGGCGUGGCCAACACACCUGAACACACUUAACAAGAUAGAGGAUAGAGAGAAUUUUGUUGAUGCUGAGAACGAAAUGUAUAUGUUUUAAAUAACAUUCUUACAAAGUUCUUUAAACGUUACUAAUGUUUUCUGGUGUUUUUUAUGGAAAGUUGUCUUUAUGUUCUGAGAACAUGACUUUAAAUAGAACCAUGAGGGAACAUUAAGAAAACGCUAUGCUGAAGUACUGGAAUUCACACAGAAGAACGUUAUUUCUUAAUGUUCUCUGAACAUUCUGAGAACAUUACUUUAAAUAGAACUAUGAGGAAACCUGUAGAAAACAUUAUGCUGAAGUACUGAAAUUCCCACAGAACAUUGUUUCUUAACAUUCUCUGAAUGUUCUGAGAACAUGACUUUAAAUAUAAGCAUGAGGAAACAUGUAGAAAAGUUAUGCUGAAGUACUGAAAUUCCAACAGAAGAACGUUGUUUCUUAACGUUCUCUGAACAAUUUGAGAACAUUACUUUAAAUAGAACCAUGAAGAAACUUGUAGGAAAUGUUAUGGGAAGGUUGUUUGCAAAAUAACCAUAGGACAACCAAGCCCAAAGAAACAUAUGGUUCUCAGAAUGUUAUAUGCUAGCUGGGUAGUUUGUCCCCGAUUUGGAGGCGCACAAUACUGAAUAACACUAUUGCUUUAUUUCGUUUGUUAAGGCGAAUACAAUGUUGCACCUCUGUCAUGUUUCGUAUUGCCGAUUGGGGCUUGCUGCAUACAGUUACAGUAACUGCGCGAGACCAUUUGUAACCAAUCAUCAGAUGUCGCGAGGCAUUCACCUGCUGUAUAAUCAGCUGGUCACGAGAGCCUGCCCAGCAGCAUGCAGCUACUUCCUGCCAAUACUGUAUAUCAGGGUGAAGGAAUUGUGGUACAACUCUAAUUUAUCAUAGCCUACAGCAAACAAUUAAUUAUAAAAAUAUAAUAAAAUAUUUACUUAUGUCAUGCAUCGGUAAGGACGGUUGAUUAACAACAAUCUCUGUUAUUGUUUGUGGAAAAUCGUAUCCCUCAUUUGUUAUUAUUCAGAGCUAUUAGUGAAAUGAAAAUGGCACAUUAGAUUUUAAUUAGUCUAAUGUAAUGGGGUGUGGUGCUGUUAUUAACAUUUCAAAUAUAGCCUAGUAAAUGAAAUAAAAUGUCAAUAGUAUUUUUCUUUUACACCUAUUUAUAAUUUAAUUGAAUAUAAUAAUUUAAUUGCUUUAUAAUCUUAUUCCACUUGUAGGUCCUGCAGUGAUAAUAUAUUUUUAAAUGACUGAUUACAUCCACUGACUAUUUUGUUGUCAUUUUACUUCUUGGAUAUUCCAACUGCAGAAGGAGUUGGAUGAUCAUGCCCCCAAUAUUGGUCUGAAAGGACUGUUUGUGGAUGGCAUUUGUAUUCAGCGGAGGAGUCAGACCUCUUGUUCUUAGCGGAGGGAGUCUGCAUCAGUCACGUCUUUCUGCUAGUCAACAGACUCUCCUUUGUUGUCCUUACAAGCUGACAAUCCAUAUGACUCCAGUGCAACCGAAUUCGAUUCGGGUUAUAAGCAGUUACUGUAGCCUAUUAUUUCCAAGUUAACAUGAUAGAAAAGAGUGGUAAGCCCAACACAAAUCGCCAACCUGAAGAAUUAAACAUAUUGUGGGACUAUCAUGACUAGGGCUGAGGGUAGUUUAUCAGACACUCCACAUGGUAUGAUUACACAACAGAUACAGUUGGUUUCACAACAUCGGUGUGUGUAACAACUUCAAUACUUAUUGUUAAGAAACACUUCUCUUUGUGCUGUUGUUUAGAGGAGCCUAAGCUCUGUUGUUCAGGCAAAUACUAUCCCUCCUCCAAAAACCUAAUGUUCCUUUGGUGUGGACCACCUCCUGGGCUCAGCCUGGACUCCAGGUGUUAGGUUUUACAGCUCAGCCUAAUGUUUAUAAACAAGUGUCAUACUGAGUAUAACAACUUGGGAUGAUGGUUGAUGCUUUGACAUAUAAGUACAAUCCUCAUUGCCAGUAUUCUUGUGUUGGUUGAUAGUCCAGUAUUUCUCCCCCUUUGGUACGUUACUCAUUUUAGAGGCAUGUAGAAGACAUCAUACUUCUACGAUUACUGUAGCAAUGUAACUUUAGUACUAGCACUGCCACCUGUUGCUUCUGGAAAUAGGAGACUGAACUGCACUCACUGCUGGUGCUCCACUGCACUAUAGAUAUGUCCUCUUGUGUUUUCUCUGUUAUUGCUAUAGAUUUGUAUAAGCAAAGUAUCAGGAUAUGAUAUGUAACUGUCACGUGUAUUUAUUGUUCCCCUAGGGGUGCCCCUCCUAGCUCAAAGUACUUCUCUGUGCAAUGCAGUCCCAGAGUGCACUACAGGAUCACCCCACCCCCACCGGAGAGUGGGCCCCUCCCCACCACGCUCAAUGGGAAUACAGUGCUUCUUAUUACAAUGGACACUGCCAGCGAAGUGGUAAAUGAUAGCAAGGUAAAUAAAGUAGGCCACUCCUACAACAAUAAUAGCUACACAUUUAGAGUUGAAUAUUUCCUCUUGGGACUGAACACGCUACAGGGAAGUAUGUUAAUAAGAAAAAUAAAUCAAGUAUCUGCAGCUCCUACACCUCUUAAGAGUGACGUGCAAACCACACUGAAAUAAUGCAAAUGUGGCACUCUCAACAUGAUACCAGAGAGAUGUGAAACAGUGGAAAGUGAUGUGGUUAACCACAGUGCCAGUUCUAUUGAUAAGGAAUUGAAGGAUACUUUUUGUCAGUUCCAAAAUGGGCCAGGUGUUCAGAUUCUCUACUGAAAUAAUGUACUGUACAUAUCUGGACAUUAAUAUAUCAUAGAAUACCCCAUCAAAACACAACCACUGCUUAGUCACCAGUGUUCUAGAUUAACUUAACUUUGUAAAUGUUGUCCUUUGUUGUGCAGCUAUCGGUCAUGUAUUAUGGAGAGAAGACGGAGGUGUUAGGGAAAGCUGUCGUUCACCUCACCGCUGUUGGUAUGUUGUGUUAUGCUUAGGAUAGGAGAACACACCCAUAUAAACUACCACCCGCCCCCACCUUCAUAGCAUACCUUUGUGAAUCUGUCAUUUGUACAUUCUUGUAUUUCACUGGGCUACUUGAGACCCCAAAGCAGCUCUUGAGCUUAAGUGACACCAAGGGCCUGUCUGUCUUGUAGAGAUUUCUCUGGAUGUAGAUGCUGAUCGAGAUGGCCAGGUGGAGAGGAACAACCCCAACAAGGUGAGUUAUGUCUGCUGGGUCUGUCCAGCCAGGUCGCUUUCAGCUCAGAGGUCACUAUCUUUGUUUCAUAACAUAGCAGGGUACAGAAGGAGACGCUCUAACAUGAAUAGGCAUGUCAGAAGACUAGUGUUCAUGCUGUAUUCCAAAAUACAAAGGAAGAUUGCCAUGGCACUUCUAGGAAAUUAUCUGUCAACUAACACAGGGCAUAGCCUUCCACUGAUAUGAAUAGGUAUAUCAAAAUACUGUUCAUGCUAUAUUCCUGGAAGUGGGAAAUUCUUUUGAACAUGGUGCUUUUCCACUCAGCUGUAAAUCUAAUCUAACCUCAUGCAAACACAUUGGGAAAAGCUAAAUCGGCAGGGCAGUGUUAUUUCUUGUCGCUGAAUGACUAGAGAAUCUCUCUACAGGGAUCAUGGAUGUGGGGGCCUAAUGGUCAUGGUGCCAUCCUACUGGUCAACUGUGACUCAGAACGCACCUAUGGGAAAAGGCGGGACAGUGAGCGUGCUGAGGUCACCAGAGUGUCAGGUAUAUAACAACAGCAACAGCCAAGUCAUCAUGGCACACUGAGCUGACAGGCUGACAGUGCUGCAGGCAUUGCAAUAAAUCAACAUUUAAAGGCUGCAGGUCUCUGUCUCUGGUGUGGAGUCAGCAGAGAAGAGCAGUAGGGAUGUGGGUGUUUGUGUUGGCUAAACACAAAAUGCCUGAGCUAGGGGUGUGUCUGGUCUGGUUUGAUGGUUCCUUCUCGACCACCAUCCUCCUCGGAUAAGUAGUUGUAUUACACACUGUCAUACCUAUGUUGUCACAUUGUCACAUUGAUGAUGACAUUGAUGGGUUGACACUUGAUGUACCAUAAUGUCAGUAUUUGUGAAAUGUCAGAUCUGAAAGACAUGUCCCCGAUGGUGCUGCGGACCAGUGGCCCUGCCAAGCUCCCAGAGGGCUACAAGCUGACCAUGCACAUCUCCCAGGGGGAUGCAGAGAGUGUCAGGGUCUUCAGGACCAGGUCCACAGCAGGCAUGCACCAAACACUCAGUGAGUCAAGGACAUUUUGUUCAGUCAGAUCUUGUAUUUGUUCUUGUGGCAGUCCAUUAAUGUAUAAUGUGUAUACAAUAGGGUUUUAUGACUGCAUAUGCAUAUAAAUGGAGAAUCAUUUGAUCAUCAUUAUAAAACAUGAUUUACUGCUGCAGAAAACCUGUUCUACAAUAGCUUUGUGAAGGACUACCCGCUGGUGCUGGGCAGUGAGGAUUUGUCCAAGGAGGUCCCAUACCUCGGGGGAAACGCUGAGAUGAAUUUAUAUGUUGAGGGCCUGAGGUUCCCUGACAAAGACUUUGAGGGUCUCAUCAGCAUCAGCCUCAGCCUGCUGGAGCCCAGCUCUCGGGUACAUUGUAGUUGAACUCUUUUACUCUUCGUAGUUUAAAACUUCAAAUGGUAUAUACUGUACCUCUGUCGUGGAAUCUCUCGUUCAUGUUUUUGUUCUAUUAUUUUGCCAGGGCUUCCCUGAGACGCCCAUAUUUACAGACAGGGUGGUGUUCCGAGUGGCUCCCUGGAUCAUGACACCCAACACACUCAACCCUGUGGAGGUCUUCGUCUGCAGGUGAGAGAUGAUGAUGAAAAAGAAAAUGAUGAUGAUGAUGAUGGCAUUGAUGUUGAUGGAAAUAAUGAUGGUGCUAGCUGUAAACGUACUUAGACAAGUGUUUCUGUGCAUUUGGUUACCCAGCACAUCUGAUAACUACCAGUUCCUAAAGGGAAUGAGGAGGCUGGUGGAGGACAGUGGGUACAAGCUGAAGGUUUGCCAUGAGUACAUGAACAGAGGAGACCGCUGGAUGCAGGUAAGCUGUGGGAUUCAGCUCCUAGUCUUUCAUGCAGUUUUGUGCAUUUUAACCUUUUUAAAUUCCGACCUUUUUUUUAAACACAAUAUGUUUUUCACAUCCUUUUUCAUCAAUGCUAAUCAUUGUCAGUCUUGUCUCUAGGUUUUAAAUAAGAUAUAUCAGAAUAAAGACCGGUGUCUUUUUUCUAACUGCAUGAAAAAUAUAGAAAUGUAAUAGACAUUUAAAAGAGGUUUCUCUCUCAGGAUGAGAUAGAGUUUGGCUACAUUGACUCUCCUCACCAUCGUUUCCCUGUUGUGCUGGACUCCCCCCGAGAUGGAAAACUACAGGAUUUCCCUUAUGAUGUGCUACUGGUAAGAAAAGGCAUUCACAACACCUAGAGUUAAAAUGUGCUUAUCUCCGUACUGUGAGGGGUGUGGUGGAUCUGUGUCUCACUCUCAACCUCACUCUGCCUGGUGCCCUCAGGGCCCAGACUUUGGCUAUGUGACGAGGACAGCAUAUGAUGAGGAAGUGAGCAGCCUGGACUCAUUUGGUAACCUGGAAGUUAGCCCUCCAGUCACUGUAAAUGGAAAAAAAUACCCUCUGGGCAGGAUCAUAAUUGGAGUGGCUUUCCCCACGUGAGUGUAACAUAGCCAGGGGUUAGUUGCUUCAAAGGAAGAGAGUCUGGUUUUUAGAUAACAAUAUUUGCCUUUACUCCAAAGUUGAUUUAUUAAUUAAAUAACCUUGAUGCUACUUCCUUCUAUAAAUCUCUUGCUAAUGAUUCAUGAAUAUUUGGAACAAAGAGAUGGCUGUGAACAGUGGUGAUAAGGCUGUUUAACUUUUCAGGGCAACCAAGGGCCGCAAUAUGACCAAAGUAGUGCAAGACUUCCUGUGGGCACAGAAAGUCCAGGAGCCCAUUGCACUGUUCUCUGAUUGGCUGCUAGUUGGGCAUGUGGAUGAAUUCAUGACUUUUGUCCCAGCUCCUGACAAAAAGGUAAAAAAAAUAUCCUCAAGGAAAGUAUAGUUGCCCCCUCUUUUAGAACAUCUGAGUAAAAACACUAUGCUCUGUAAUCUAGAGUAGAAAUGAUGGAGAGCCUCUAAGCAAAGAAUUGUUAAUGCCGUCCAUUUGCACAUAAAGCAUUUAGACAUGACGCAGGCUGUGGCUGCCCUGUGGUUAUGUGAUAGUGUAAAGCUGUCAGGAAGUCAAAUGAAGCACACAGCCAAUGUUGUCUUUGUCCACUGUUUCUCUGUCUAGGGAUUCCGGCUGCUGCUCGCCAGCCCUGACGCAGGCUAUAAACUAUUCAGGGGCUUACAGAAUGACGGGCAUGGACAAGCCAAAAUGUUUGACGGUAGGCGUUCAGUUAGGGGACUCAUUUCAGUGUGUCUCAGUGUGUAUCACCGUAGUUAGAACUGUAUCAGUGGAGGCUCCUCAGAGGAGGAAGGGGUGGACCAUCCUCAGUGAAUUUAAUAAAAAAUAAAAAUAGUGAAACAUUAAAAAAGUUAUCCUUUUUAGAUAAAACUAUACUAAAUAUAUUCACAUCACCAAAUAAUUUAUUAAAACACACUGUUUUGCAAUGAAGGUCUACAGUAGCCUCAACAGCACUCUGUAGGGUAGCACCAUGGUGUAGCUAGAGGACAGCUAGCUUCUGUCCUCCUCUGGGUACAUUGACUUCAAUACAAAACCUAGGAGGCUCAUGGUUCUCAACCCCUUCCAUAGACUUAAACAGUAAUUCUGACAACUUCCUCCAACCUAUCAGAGCUCUUGCAGCAUGAACUGACAUGUUGUCCACCCAAUCAAAGGAUCAGAGAAUUAAUCUAGUCCUGAAAGCAUAAGCUAUAACUAGCUAGCACUGCAGUGCAUAACAUGUGGUGAGUAGUUAACUCGGUUAUGAUAUGAAGGUUUGGCUUGGAAAGUUUUUUUUCCCUGGUCACAGAUGGCUGAUGUGUUGUGCACUGAAGUCCACAAGUGAAGGGAAAAUGUGAGAGGAGGAGAGCGCGUAGAUGCGUGAAGUAAUUAUACAACUAGCAAAGUGAUCAUGCUGUUUGUAUGUGGCUGCUAGGAAAGUGAACUGUGUUUGUGUGUGAUCAGGGGUGUAUUCAUUCCGCCGAUUCUGUUGAAAAACGUUACUUAAAUGGAAUGAAACGGGGAUAAACAUACUUGAAUUUGUCUAAUAGAAACUCUUGUUUGCAACUGUUAGACUAAUGAUUACACCCUAGAUCAGCUAGAUACAGGCAAGAGUGUGCAAGGCGGUAUUGAAUGUGUCAAUGUCUGUCACCUUGAUUACUCAAAUUUCUCUUGACCUGUGCACCUACAUUCAUAGGCUAGGUUGUAGCAACCUCGAUGGGUAUAGGGAAAAUUUGAGCAUCAUGUAGUAGCCUAAACCUAUCGAUGUUACAUUUGGCUGAGUGAAUGGAAUAUGAAUAAGUCAUCCAAUAUGCUGUAAUAGAAAUAGGGCCAUGCUCAUAAAAAAAGAAAUAGUCCUCCCUCAUCUUAAGCGUCACCGACCACCGCUGAACUGUAUGUUUUACUAAUUAACACCCACUUCCUUCCUAACAGGUCUUGGAGCAGAAGAAGAGAUUACGGUAGAUGAGAUUUUGAGUGAUGAGAAACUCAGAGCAGAAAACAACUAUGUCCAGGUGAGGGAAACUAAAGGCCAGAUGAACUAGUUACUCAGAGAGGCUAGCAGAGUGUUGCAGUGCUUGGUGAAAUAACCAUGUAAAUGUUGUGACUGCUGCUGUCCCACAGAGCUGUAUAGACUGGAACAGGGAUGUCCUUAAGAGGGAGCUGGGUUUAGACGACGAUGAUAUCAUUGAUCUGCCCAUCCUUUUCCAUGUGAUGGAGGAAAACAGGGCAGUGGCCUACUACCCAGACAUGGUGAGAAUACACUAGUUCUACACUAGAACACCUCAUGCUGACCUCCAACCCAAAAGUACUUCUUAUUUUAUUUGUUAUACAUUGUACAUUUCAGAAUGGCAAAACUCUCAAAAAUGCUGGCAAAUAAUUUUAGCAAUUUUGUGAUCAUUUUCUACAUGUGAUUAGGACGUAUGCUCAAAUCAUCUACUACCCAAGUAGCGCAAGAAACAAAUCCUAAUUGAGGCAUAUGUUUCUACCUCCAGGUGAACAUGAUUGUGUUGGGGAAGAACCUGGGCAUCCCUAAGCCGUUUGGGCCCAAGGUGGACGGCCGCUGUUCCCUGGAGGCAGAGAUGACCUCCCUCAUGGAGGGCCUGGGACUCAGCUGCACAUACAUUGAUGACUUUGCCUCCUACCACAAACUGCUGGGAGAGGUUCACUGUGGCUCCAAUGUCCGCAGGGAAUCCUUCUCCUUCAAGUGGUGGAACCUGGAGAUG